GCCGCUUCCGCAGCCUCUGGUUGUUCAAGUGGCUCAGACUAGGUUCAGUGGGAGGCUCCUGCCAGCUGCACUUUAGCUCGUCCAGGAUGACCUCAGUGAAACGUUGUCGGCUUUCAUUAGGCACGCGCACCGCCAGCCCACUGUUGGCCAGCCGCUUGGACACUUGGCGGCACAACGACGCCAUCGUCAGCCGGGAGACCGGCAAGGGCAACAGCAGCGGGACCUCCGGCGGGAGGCGCUUCUGAGAUUCUGGGCGCCUCGCCUUACGGGGGAAGAGCGACAGCGGGCCCAGCAACCGGUGUUAGGGGUUUGCACUUCAGCGCUGGAGCGGUUCGGGUCCGACGGCCGGUGACUGGGUCCGGGAUGGCUACGGGCUCCGGGGACCACGGGACCGCCUGCACGCUGGAGUUCACAGUGCAGAUGACCUGUCAGAGCUGCGUGGACGCGGUGCGCACGUCCCUGCAAGGGGUGGCAGGUGUCCAGAGUGUGGAAGUGCAGUUGGAGAACCAGAUGGUCCUGGUGCAGACCACCCUGCCCAGCCAAGAGGUGCAGGCCCUUCUGGAAGGCACAGGGCGGCAGGCGGUGCUCAAGGGCAUGGGCAGUGGCCUGUUGCAGAAUCUGGGGGCAGCAGUUGCCAUUCUGGAGGGCCCUGGUCCUGUGCAAGGGGUGGUGCGCUUCCUGCAGCUGACCCCUGAACGCUGCCUCAUCGAGGGGACCAUUGAUGGCCUGGAGCCUGGGCUGCAUGGACUCCACGUCCAUCAGUUUGGGGACCUCACAGGGAACUGCAACAGCUGUGGGGACCACUUUAACCCUGAUGGAGCAUCUCACGGGGGCCCUCAGGAUUCUGACCGGCACCGUGGGGACCUGGGGAACGUCCAUGCUGAUGCUGAUGGCCGAGCCAGCUUUAGGAUAGAGGAUGAGCAGCUGAAGGUAUGGGAUGUGAUUGGCCGAAGCCUUGUCAUCGAUGAGGGAGAAGACGACCUGGGCCGGGGUGGCCAUCCCUUAUCCAAGGUCACGGGGAACUCAGGAGAGAGGUUGGCCUGUGGCAUCAUCGCACGCUCUGCUGGCCUCUUCCAGAACCCCAAGCAGAUCUGCUCCUGUGAUGGCCUCACCAUCUGGGAGGAGAGAGGCCGGCCUAUCGCUGGUGAGGGACGAAAGGAGCCAGCCAAGCCCCCUGCCCACCUUUGAGCAUGGCCUCAGCCUCGGGUGUGUGACUGUUCUCCCAGCUGAGCACCGUCCGCGUCCAGAGAGAGGGGAGGGAGGUCCUGCUUGCCUGGGUUCCAGGAGAACUCGGGUACAGUGUGUGAAGGGUCGCUAUGAUGUUCCCUUCGCAAAUUAAAGUUUUAUUUUCAUAUGGAA